CUCAGCGGUCAAACAGCGGCAGACUCAGUACUCCGUAGUCUUCAAUAUGGUUCGGAUGUCGCCGAACGUGAGCUUUGUUCUGGCCCUGACUAUAACUUUGGCCACCGUAUAUGUUAACGCGUGUCCAUCGAAGUGUUUGUGCUUUAAGACAACUGUAAGAUGUAUGUUUUUACAAUUGGAUACCAUACCCGACAGAAUUCCCCCAACCACUACUGUACUUGAUUUAAGAUUUUGUAAAAUAAAAAACAUUGAUAAGACAUCGUUAGCUCAUCUCACAGAAUUAAGUACUUUAUUGUUAAAUAAUAAUCAAAUUGAGAAAUUGCAAAAUGAUGUGUUUAAAAAUUUACAAAAACUUCAAUUUUUAUAUUUGUACAAAAAUAAAAUUGAUCAUAUCGAACCAAGAGCUUUUCUGGGCUUAUCAAAUUUGGAGCAAUUAUACUUACAUUUCAAUAAAAUUGAAAACAUUUAUGUUAAUAUGUUCAGCGAUUUGACGAAAUUGGAAAGAUUGUUCUUGCAAAAUAAUAGAAUUAAGAAGAUACCUUCAGGAACUUUCGAUUCAUUAAAAUCAUUGAAACGUUUGAGACUAGAUAAUAAUCUAUUAUCAUGUGACUGUGAUAUGAUGUGGUUAGCUAAUGUAUUGAAAAAGAAUCAUGAUUCAAGUGAAGCAGGGGAAUUCGCAGUUACUUGUCAAUAUCCUACAGAAAUGAAUGGAAAAUCAAUUAUGGAAAUGACAGAAUCUGAUUUUAAUUGUGGUCAAUUAAGAUUUAAAGAAGAGCCAAAUGAUGUAUCGGUUUUCGUAGGAGGUUCAGCAUUCUUUCCAUGUAAAGUAGAGGGUGACCAAGAUGUAGAAGUUGUUUGGAUGCAUGAUCACAAUGAGAUCGAUAUGAAAGAUUCUAAAUAUUCAAUGACGGAUCAUGGACUUAUGGUUAAGUCAACUUCAACACAAGAUGUUGGUAUUUAUGAGUGUAUGAUAAAGAAACAUAGUAUUGAAUUAAAAUCAAAACCAGCAAAAAUGGUUUUGGAAUCCAGUGUAUCUGAUUCUUCACCUAUAAUACUACAGAGUCCUAAAGCAAAGACAUUACUGGAGGGUGAAAAGUUGACUCUUUUUUGUCACGUCAUCGGAACACCCGAGCCUCAAGUUACUUGGCAAAAAGAUGACAUUGAAUUGCUUAUUAAUUCAAGAGUUCAGGUUCUCGAAGAUAAUAGUUUAGUUAUUAAGGAAUUAGAAAAAACAGACGUAGGUCUUUAUAAAUGUGUAGCAUCUAAUUAUCUUGGACAGGUUUCAUCUGAAGCAAUGGUCAAUAUAAAUGUCCCGCCGGUUAUCAUAAGUACUACUCAUGAUUUAACGGUUAAAACUGGAACUACGGUAGAACUUCAAUGUAUAACUGACGGUCAUCCAACCCCUGUGAUAACAUGGUUUAAAGACGGCAAGUCAAUAACGCCAGGCCCAAGAAUAUCAUUCCACAAUGAUAGAGCUACAGUACGUCUAGAUUAUGUAAAAGAGAGUGAUAAAGGUAUGUUUACUUGUGUGGCUCAAAACUUAGCAGGAACAGCAGAAAGUAACACGGAGUUAAAAGUCAGAGGAUUUGGUCCUAGAAAACCUAAAUUAGUCAUCAAACCAUUUGAUAUGGAAGCUCCACAGCGAACUAGCAUUGAAGUUCCUUGCAAGGCAGAUGGAGAACCAAUUCCUAUUAUUACUUGGACAAAAGAUGGAGUUGAUUUAAUAAAAGACCAAAAUCAUAAAAUUAAUAUCAUUGGAAGUUUACGUUUAUAUAAUUUAUCGUUUACUGAUUCGGGUGUUUAUGAGUGUACGGCAAAAAACAACCAUGGACAAGAUUCAGCCAGGGGCAUUAUUGAAGUCUUAGGUGAUGUUUUAGAACAUUCUCCGGGUGAUCGAUAUGUGAACCUGGCCUUUAAGGAGGCUACUUUAGAAGUAGACCGAGCUGUUAAUGCUACCAUAGAAUCAUUAUUUGGAAAAAACGAAAAAGUUCACAAUCCUGCCAUUUUAAUGAGAUUAUCUAGGUAUCCCGAUGUAGUAGCUAGAGACAUUGUAAAGUCAGCUGAUAUAUUUGAACGUACACUAGCUAAUGUUCGUAAGCACGUACAGGCUGGUCUUAAAAUUAAUUUAACUGAAAACUUUUCGUAUAGAGAUCUUUUGUCUAUUGAACAACUUGACUUGAUUGCCAAUUUAUCUGGAUGUUUAAGACACCAAAAUAAACCCAAUUGCAGUGAUAUGUGUUUUCAUACUAAGUAUCGUACUAUUGAUGGAACGUGUAAUAAUUUACAAAACCCAAUGUGGGGUGCUUCUUUAACUCCGUUUAGAAGAAUUAUGAAACCUAUAUAUGAAAAUGGAUUCAAUACUCCUAUUGGUUGGACUAAAGGAAUGAAGUAUUACGGAUAUGAAAAACCUGGAGCUAGAUUGGUGUCAACUUCUAUUAUUCGAACCACUGAAAUAACCACAGAUGAUGAAAUAACUCAUAUGGUAAUGCAGUGGGGUCAGUUUUUAGAUCACGAUCUAGAUCAUGCCAUACCAUCAACUACCAAAGAAAGCUGGGAAGGUUUGGAUUGUAAAAAAACAUGUGCUUAUUCUUUUCCCUGUUUUCCAAUGGAUGUUCCACCUAAUGAUGAUCGAAUAAAAAAUCGUAAAUGUAUGGACUUCAUUAGAAGUAGUGCUAUAUGUGGAACUGAUACAACAUCCGUUUUUUUCGAUAAGUUACAACCUAGGGAACAAAUAAAUCAAUUAACUGCUUUUAUAGAUGGAUCACAAAUUUAUGGAUUUACUAGUGACCGUUCUUUCAUAUUAAGAGAAGUUCAAACAGGAUUAGGUUUGAUGCGAGGUGGUAUUUCUUCUGGCUCAGGCAAAGAAAUGCUUCCUAUAGCUGGCGUUGAUGAAAUGGAUUGUCGAAGAGAUUUAACUGAAAGUACGACGGGAUGUUAUUUAGCAGGUGAUAUACGAGCUAAUGAACAGGUAGGACUAUUAGCCAUGCAUACAAUUUGGCUUAGAGAACAUAAUCGGAUAGCCAGAGAGUUGCAUAGAAUUAACCCUCAUUGGGAAGGUGACACUAUAUUUCACGAGGCACGUAAAAUUGUCGGCGCUGAAUUACAGCACAUUACCUAUCAACAUUGGAUGCCAUAUGUUCUUGGUCCUAAAGGAAUGGAAAAAUUAGGCAAAUAUUUAGGUUAUGACCCUACUAUAAAUCCAGCUAUUGCAAAUGUAUUUGCGACCGCAGCACUAAGAUUUGGGCAUUCCAUUAUAAAUCCAGAAUUAGCACGACUUGAUGAAAAUUUUACAACGAUUGCUGAAGGAGAUUUGUCGCUGGGAAAAGCAUUUUUUACUCCAUGGAGAUUAUCUGACGAAGGUGGCACUGAUCCAUUAAUGCGCGGUUUCUUUACUGUACCUGCUAAAAAGAAGACUCCUAGACAAAACCUUAAUGAUCAACUAAUUGAUCGUUUAUUUACUUCAGCGCAUGCUGUGGCAUUAGACUUGGCUGCGAUGAAUGUGCAACGUAGUAGAGAUCAUGGUAUACCAGGCUAUAAUGAAUGGAGAGUUGUUUGUAAUAUGACUAGAGCUGAAACAUUUGAUGAUCUUCGAAAUGAAAUAAGUGAUCCCGAAGUUAGAAAUAUAUUAAAGCGCCUUUAUGGCCACCCUGGAAAUAUUGACGUUUGGGUUGGAGGAAUUUUAGAAGAUCAAUUACCUUCUAGUAAGAUCGGAAAACUAUUUCAAUGUUUACUUAUAGAACAAUUCAAAAAUCUGCGAGACGGAGACAGAUUUUGGUACGAGAGUCCAUCUACUUUUAGCCCUGCUAAAUUAACCCAGAUUAAACAAGCUUCUCUUGCCAGAGUUCUUUGUGAUAACGGUGACAACAUAACAUUAAUAUCUAAAGAUGUGUUUAAAUUACCAGUAUUACAGUCACCUAAAUUGGUUCCAUGCAGCACUAUACCUAGUAUUGACUUAAGACUUUGGUUUGAGUGUAAUGGAGAUUGUUCUGGCGAAAAUAUGUCUGAAGAGGUAGGUCAUAUGAAAAAAGGAAACACACUGGAUAAAGUCAUGAACUUAACGGACACGAAAUUGGAAGGUUUGAAAUUAGAGGUGAAUGAGUUAAAGAUGGAUAUCAAAAAGUUGAAACGUAAACUUAGACACUUGACAGAAAUUGAUGGGGGUUGUUAUGACACAAAAGCAAAAAAGAGACGUAAGGAAGGAAGAUCAUGGGAAGCCGAAGAAUGCACAAAAUGCGAAUGCAAAAAUUCACAAAUUUUAUGUAAUAAUUUUUGUUAAACUGAAAAUAAUGAAUAAAUGAUCAAUAACAUAAAAAAGUGAUUGACUGUGUACUUUUUAUUUAUUUAUUGAAAUAUAAAAAUACAAUAUAUUUUGUAAA